CCGAGACCCGCCCCGCGGCCCCAGCGCUUCCGACAGCGGCGGCCGGUGGGGAUGGGGCGGGCGGCGGCGGUCUGUCUGCUCUGUGUCCUCUGUGUCUUCUGCAUCCUCGCCGGGCUGCCCGGGUCAUACGCAGGCCAAACUAAUCUGAAGAGUCCACAGGAUAUUCAAGUCUAUGCUGUAAAUACAAAUUUCACUCUAAGGUGGAACUACACUGGGAAUGAUACUGAUGUGACAUUUUCAGCAGAAUACCGGUGGUUUGAAGAUUUUGAGCCAAGUGAAACAGAAUGGAAGGAGUUGCGUGGGUGUCAAAAUGUUACUCACACAGAAUGUGACUUUUCCUCAGCAAUAACCAAAUACGAUGAUAUACAUCAUUUGCGUAUAAGGGCUAAAAGAAGGGAAGAAGUAUCUCCAUGGUCUAGCAUUUUUGAAAUGAUUCCUUGUUUUAUAGCUCAGAUUGGUCCCCCAGGAAUAGAGUUGCAGUCUACAAAUGGAGUCAUAAAAAUUAAAGUUUCUUCUCCAGAAGCAAAUCAGGACCAAAAAAUGUGGAUAAACGAUCUAAUUUUUAAUUAUAAUCUAGUUAUCUGGGAAAAUUCAUCAAAUGCAGAGUUCAGAAGUCAAAGAAUUGUUCCUGUGCAGAUAAUUGAUGAUCUUGCACCAGACACUACCUAUUGUUUGAAAGUUCAAGCAAUUAUUCCUCUGGAGUCGCAAGGCUUAUUCAGUCCCACUCAUUGUAUAAAAACUACCCGUAAAGUGAAUGACCUACUCUGUGCAACAAAUUUGAGGGUUUUUGCUUUGAAUAUGGAAUUUCAUCUGCAUUGGAAUAAUCAAUAUAAACAACACGUCAGCUACAAUGUACAGUAUCUCUUUGCGUAUCUAAAGAUGCUUUACGAUGAUCACUCAGUGAAGUGGCUCAAUGUGCCUGGAUGUGAAAACAUCACUGAUACACAAUGCAAUUUCUCAUCUGUCAUCACUGCUGUUUCUAUAAUUUACCUCCGUGUGCAGGCCAUGGGCGAAUAUAAUAAAUCUUGUUUGUCUAAAGAAAUAAAAGUAGAUCCUCUGAUAACAAAUGAAAUUGGCCCUCCUAGUAUAAAGUUGGACAUCAGUGAUGCUUUGCUCCAUAUCCAGAUUUCUCCUCCAGGAUCUCAGGGAGAGGUCAUGAGGCAACAUUAUGAUUUGUCUUACCGGGUUCUGUAUUGGAAGAAUUCAUCACAUAAUGCGGAAGGAAUCCAAAUGAAAGAGACAAAACAGACGAUAGGGACAGUCCCUAAUCUAACAUCCUUGACUUUGUACUGUGUAAAAGUACAAGCAUUCUCAAAAGCUUACAACAAAAGCAGUCCUUUCAGUAAAGAGGAAUGCAUCAAAACACCUGGAGAUAAAAUUUUACCUCUGAUUGUUUUAGCAACAUUUGUAACUGCCCUGGUUGUUGUCUUGCUUGUGGCUGCACUGCUUAGUUUUGCCCUGUAUCAAGCCUACAAUAAAAUCAAAUACGUGUUUUUUCCAUCAUGCCAGCCUCCUUUGAACAUAGAGGGUUUUGGAGAACAGGUCUUUAUCAGUCCUUAUCUGUCAACUACUGAAGAACAAAUAGAAAAUUGUUUUAUAAUCGAGACUAACAUUACAGAAGAAGUAAAUCAAAUUGAUUUUAAAGACUACAAACAUUCUAAGCAGAGCAGUCGAGAUUCAGGGAAUUAUUCUAAUGAUGACAAUAAUUCAGGCAAUAAAGUGUCAGAAGAAACGCUAGAAAAGGGAACAGUAUAACUUCUAAGAAAAUAAAAUUCAUAUAUGGGACUGGCAGUGUGAUAAACACUUAAAACUUUUUUAUUAUGAAAGUCACAGCCUAAGGAAGAAUGUGACUUUGGGGUAUUUGUCUUCACAUUUCCAAAUCUGCAUGUUGUUGGUGGAAAGUUACGUACACUCUCUGCUGCAUGCUGACUGAAGAUAAAACACGAUUGACUCCUCGUUCCUUACACCAUUUUGACUGACUUUUCAUCAUACGAUAAAAAGAAUACCAUCUGUGUAAAGAGGAGCAGAUCUUUACAUUUUAUAUACUUGAACCUGAUAACCUCAGUGAGAGCCUACUCUGUUCCACAAGAAGAGUUUCUCGCUAUCUUAAAGGUUUGCUUUCAAUGCCAAUGCGUACUGUAACAGAAGCCUUUAAUCCCAGUAUUGAAUCUUGUGAUGUUUACACAGGCAGAAGGAAAUUGAUGCUGGAUACAAUUUUAAGAACUCUUGUGGCAUUCUCUUCCAGCCCCCUCAAGGGCUCAGGUGUCCACAGCAAAAGAUACAAAGAGACCAACAGUAGCCACUGCGAGGUGGCUUCUCUGAGCCUCCUUGUUGAAUUCCUUGUAGGCAUGACUGUGGGAUGCUCGCAGUGCCCAGCUGCUUGUUCACGUGCCUGUGUCUCUGCAUCAGAGCGCUCUCCUCCCACAGCACUUAGUAAUCUGGGCCAGUAUGGGUAAGGGAAAAGGCAGGAAGGAGGUUCACUUUACUUUAUAGUAAACAAAAAUAUCAUGGUGCAAACUCUCUGUAAAUAGAGGUUGGUUCAGAUUGUUUUGCAAGGCAUUUAGGAUAAAAAGCAACAAACAUCCAGGCCAAAUGUACCUUGCAAGAAGAAACUAAGUCAUAUUCUUACUUCAAUAACAAGGCAUUAAAGGUACAUUCUCAAUUAUUUUUUUCCUGUGGCUGGAUAACCAGAAGCAUAAAGUACUUCUAAUUAAAUUGUGUUUAGAAACAUGAAUCUCUUUUAACAAGGCAGAAACUCCUUUCUGUAAUUAGAAGGAUGCCAGCUGAGUUUAGAAAAUGCCUUUUAACAAAUGUGAGGAUGCUCAUCAUUCAAAGCUUUUUCAGCUUAGUUUCAUUUUGCCAACAGACUUUUCUUUGUACAAAUUAUAAGGAUAUGCUGCAAUAAUUUUUCAGUUUGUAUACCACUCCCUUCUUAUGAAGUAAUUUUUUAAAAGUAGCUUAUUUUUUUAUGAAGGAAUUGAUUUAUAGUAAACUGUUUUUUAACUUCUUGUGGGCUGUUGGUUAUUGUAACAAGCAACCAUUGCUGUUUAUAUAUUUUUAUUAUUACUUUGAAGAUGUGAUCUAAUUUUAUAAAUUUUAUGUCCCUAUGUUCAUUACAGAGUGUAAUAAAUGUUGCACAUUUUCUUCUUUA